ACACACAGAUAAUCUACAUAUUUAUUUUAUAUAUAAAGAGAUGGAUAAUCUAACUGAGAAUGAAGUUAAGAAUUUUUAUAGCUUUCUUCCUCUCCAAGACCACACACAAAAUCAAGAAAAGACAUUUGAGUUUAAGAUCCAGUUAACCAGAGAUGAGAGCCAACAACAACAACACAAGAGAAGAAGAGAGAAGCAGUUCUUCAAAGCAGCAGCAACCACAAGCUCAUAUGUCUUUGAAAAUCAUAGAUUCAUGUCUCAGACUCAGUGUGGUUCCUCUCAGUGUUGCAACCAUCUGGUUAACUGUCACUAACCAUGAAUCCAACCCUGACUAUGGCAAUUUAGACUACAACUCCAUCAUGGGUCUCAAGUAUAUGGUUGGUGUGAGUGCCAUAUCUGCUAUUUAUGCUCUGCUCUCUACUAUCUCUUUAUGGGUCACAUGUUUAGUCUCCAAAGCUUGGCUCUUCUUUGUUCCUGACCAGGUUUUAGCUUAUGUGAUGACCACAUCAGUAGCAGGAGCAACAGAGAUAGUGUAUUUACUUAACAAAGGAGACAAAAUAGUGACAUGGAGUGAAAUGUGUUCUUCUUAUCCACAUUAUUGUUCAAAACUCACAAUUGCUUUGGGACUUCAUGUCUUUGUUCUUUUCUUUUUCUUAUUUCUCUCUGUAAUUUCUGCCUAUAGAGCUUUUAGUCCCUUUGAUCCUCCUUGUGAUUCUCAAACCAAUAUUGAUGCUUAAAUUAGUCAGUUUUGGAGUCAACUUUAUCAAAAUGUUGCAGAAAUUAA